CCCGGAAAUGUUAGAAGCGUGUUCGGUUUUGUAAUUUGUAUUUCCUCAUAUAUUUAAUGAAAUACGCUUGUUGGUUAAUGCAGUUAAUGCAGAUUUACUUUAUUGUUCUCAAUCACAGUAAGUGAUGUCUUUAAUCCCCGCGCACGCGCCUCAGGUGAUCCGCAGCUGUCAGAAGGAUGAGUUUUACCAUAGUAACCUCAGUAACCGCGCUAACGAGCUCUUCCACACCUAUGCUGGUUCCAGACGUUGGCUUCAGUGGAGAAAGGAAAUCGAACUGCUGUCUGAUCUGACCUACUAUCUCCUAACAACAUUAUCUGGAUAUCAGACACUUGGAGAGGAGUAUGUCAACAUCAUUCAGGUGGAUCCCAGUAGGCGGAGAAUUCCCUCCCGAACACGCAGAACAGCCCUCAUCUUCUUCCACACAUUUGUGCCUUAUCUUCUGGACAAGGUCUUCAUCUGUAUUGAGAAUGAGCUGGAAACCGAGAGGCGAGAGCAGAUAAACCGAACUUGCUGGAAGCCGAUGUCACACCUGAGGUUCUGGAUUCAGAGAGCAGUGAUGAUGCUGACUGACAAUCAGAAGAAGUCUUUGCUACCGCUUGUGUUUGGUCUGCAGCAGGGAAUAACUCUCUCAUAUCGGCUUCAUGUGGCUCUCUUCUACAUCACUGGGACAUAUUACCAUAUCAGUAAAAGAGCUGCAGGUGUUAGUUAUUUAAGCGUGAAAUCUUUGGCUGAGGAUGACUCGAGGAUUCGUAACAGUUAUCGUCUGUUGGGUGCGCUGUCUCUCCUUCAGCUGGCCAUCACUCUUACACUGCAGUUAAACAACCUGCGACAGAGACAGAGAGCUCGACAGGAGUGGAAACAACACAGAAACCUCUUCCCCAGGCAUCAGGUGGGUGAGUCUGUGUCUCGCCUUUCUCGCUGUAUUUUGUGUUUAGAGGAGCGCAGGCACUCCACCAGCACUCCCUGUGGUCAUCUCUUCUGCUGGGAGUGUAUUACUGAAUGGUGUAAUACUAAGACUGAAUGUCCGCUGUGUCGAGAGAAGUUUCAGCCUCACAGGCUUGUUUAUCUGAGAAACUACAGCUAGACCUGUUUGAUCGAGACUUUUCAGAAAUCUCACAGUGACCAGCUUAUGAAUAUUUGCAUUUAAUAGAAAAUGACAUGCUGUAUAUUUUGUACUUAAUAUGUAAAAAAUACUGAUUUACUCUAAGUCUGCAUUUAAUUUAACUUGAUUUUAUUAACUGUUAAAUGUAUAUUUGUACUAAUUGUAAUUGUAAAUGCUUGAAUAAAAUAAAAAAGUAAUAUUUAUAGAAAGUGUAUGUUGUUUGUUGUUUAUAUAAUCAACAGAUUGGUAUAUUAAAGCGAUACGCCAGCCAAAUAUCAAAAUUAUACCAUGAGUUACUCUCUCUCAAGCAAUCUGAGAUACAUAUAUCCAUAUUUUAAACUUUAUAAACUAUAAGAACUAGCUUCCAGUAAUGACUCAACGCUCAGUAUGCACUAUUUUGGGCUUCAAAGUCAGAAGUUGUUCGCUGAUCCCUGUUUUCUCCUAUUAUGGGGUUGGAAAUGCAAAUACAUUUACUAAAAUAACUCCAAUUGUAUUUGUCUUAAAGAUGAUGGGUAUGUAUCUUAGAUUGCUUACUUGAGUAAAGCAUGGUGUAAAUUUGAUAUUUGGCUGGAAAAUCUGUAAAUUUCACUCUGUAAAUGCUUGUUUCAGUCAGGGAUUUGUUGGCUAAACAUCUCUCUUGCUAUAACUAAACUAAAUGUUUAACUUCACUGCUUACAUUAUCACAGUUAAAUUACUGUAAUAAAUCUGAGAAGUUACAGAGAUUUUUCUGUAAUGAAUUGGUCACUUUACAAGAAAAGAUGAAAAUCAAACAGGCAGCCUAACAUAACUUUAUUUACAGUCAUAAAAUCUGUGUCAGGCAGAUAAUAUUUAAAGGAUUUUUAAAACCGAUGUUUUAUCUGUGAAAAAAUAAAUUAGGUUUUGCUUUUUUCUAGUUUUCCUGUUUGGAACCAUGUAAAUUAAAUAUUUUGUUCAUCUUACAUAAGUGUAUAGCAUGUAAAUCAGUGUUAAUGUGAAUUUAAAAAAUGCAUACAUACAGACAAUACUGUUAAAAAAUUCAGGCUCAUUUAUAAAC